ACGCGCGCAAACGUCUCCGAGACACGCCGGUUUACCCCAGAGUGAUAAACACAAAACACCGGACAUCGGUCUAACGCUGUCUGUAGAAUACAGGUGGUUGCGCGUCUGAAAUCAAACUGAAUUUGUAGUGAUGGGAGUAUGUUCAACAAAGGUGAUAUCUGCCGAAUUACAAUUUGGCCUAUUCACUUGACAUUUGCGUUCAAAGCUACCGAACUUUGUUUCCAGUAGUUUACUCCAUUUUCUCCAGACUGCAUUCUGCUACAAUAUGGACUGUUACAGCAUUCUCAAACUUCUUACGGUUCUAUUUAUAACCUAUUACCCAAAGGUUAGCAACAGGAAAUCGACGGUUUCGGUUACCAGUAAAGGCAAUGUCUCUGUGUGACUAUGGAGGUUAUAGAUUUCCACUUUCUAUUUUAAGUUACGUCUCCAGCAGACAGGAAGGUGUUCUGGGGGGUUAGAACACAAACAAAAACAAGUGUGAACCACAUUUGUGCCUUAUUGAUUGGAAGAGGUAGCUGUGCCGCUUGUGCCCUAUGGAGUGCGUCCUUUUCUGUCAUCGUUCGUGUAGUGGAGACGGGCUUGGUUGGCCGUUUUUGUCUGGUAAAAUUCAUAUUAGAAUAUCCUAGCAAGUAGCAAAUGAAAAGUUAAGGUCUCAGGUAUGAAUAAAUAUAUUUUCAUAUCCACAGUUAUAUUGAUAUUUAUUCCGUUGAAUAUUCAUAUUUUCUGGUACUUCUUUGAAUUACAUAUAAGAAAUUUUUUUUCUAUUGGUUACUUCAUUCUUUGUAACUGUAGCAUUUUAACAUUGCGGUAACCAACCCCAAAAUCAGUGUACCAACAAAACCCGCUCACAUAGGAACCCACCCCUGUGAUAAUAUAAUGUUACCCAGCAAACAUCACUCAUCACAGACUUUCAAAUUUUAUAUCAAAAUGCAGCUUAUUCCGAUCCCUAAACUGGAAGUAAUAUAUUACCAAAAUUUCUAUCCAACAUAGUUUUAUGAUACGAUUUUUUACUUUUGAUACUACAAAACGUAAACGUUGACUCACAAAGAAGUAAUUUUUCAGGUGUUUUAACAUGGUACACGACCAUAGUUCAAGAAAACAAACAUUUUGAUUUUACAUGUUUGUGUCCGUGACCUACAAAUGACCAGAAAACAGCUAUGUGCCAACCAACCCCAUUGUGCCAACUAACCCCUGUGCCAACCAAUCCCAGUGUGCCAACUAACCCCUAUGCCAACCAACACCAAUGUGCCUACUAACCCCUGUGCCAACCAACACCGAUGUGCCUACUAACCCCUGUGCCAGCCUGUGCCCUGCUCGUGGUUCAUUCUCCUGGCAGCGUGCAGAAGCAGCGUCAUUGGGCUGCACCACUUCCUGCCACUGUAAUCAGGGUCUUGCUGAUUGGUUAAUCAUUUACCUCUCUGCCAACGUUCAGUCUGCUGCACGAGAGGCCAUGUAUGCAAAAAUAAACAAUGGAAUCAUUUUAAAUUUUAUUAUGUCUACAUUUCAGUGUAGUAUAUGCAGUAUAAAACAUUUAAACUAUCAUUAGUUUCGAAGGUGUCAUUUUAUGUAUGAUGACAAAUUCCCUUAAAUGACAAAAUAUUUGAAAACAUAAUACCAUAUACGCACAAAAGUGUCAAUGUUUUCCUUAUUUUUACACAACCUAUUUGAACAGGUAUCAAAACAUGUUAUAUUUGUAAAGAUUUUAAUUCCAGCGCAUAGCAUAUUUAGCAAAGGAAUGCGUACGGUGUAUCAUAAGUGAAAGAAAUUUUGGUAGUGGUUUCAACUCAUUAUUCUUUGUUCUGUGUUCAGUCCAGGCAUGUGUAGGAAUGUUAGAUGACAGUGGUGCCAUUUAUUUGAUAAAAGCUCAGCGCAUUGUUCUGUGAUUGGCUCUGACAUUCCACAGAAUGCACGUUGCCCAAUGCCUUCCUCACAAUAUGUUAAGUUUCACAACCCAGCUUUGCUGAUAGUGGGUUCUCCCCUAUCACACAGAGAAGCUGUGCAGCCAGCCAAUCACUGUUAAGCAUGAUGAUUUGUAACUGGCCAAUCUUGUUCAUUUCCAGAGAAAACAGCAGAUGGUUUCAACAACAUUAGGCAAAAAAGAACACAUUUUGGUUAGACUGUAAUUUGGCUGUAAAGUACCAUUAUGAUAACAUUCACUAAACAGUCUUGGAGCAUAUUUAUUUUUCCAAACAAGUUUUGUCCGCCAGACAAACAUUCCAGACGUGUUGCAUGCAGACCCACUGCCAGCAUUCCCAGAUGGUUAUCUUUUAGUCAUGAAAUAACCUGGGAGAAGGUCUGUGAAAUACAUUUUAAGAGUGUUCCAAUUGAGUACUGAAAUGAUAGAUUUGUUUGAUCUUGUAGAAAAUUAAGAUGAAUGUCCAUACAUGUGUUUUUUAACUGGAACAGCCAAACUGUAUCACGCUCUGAGUCUGUUCCUGCAGUGUUCCAUAACGCUGAGAUAACGUUAAAAGAUCAUUCAGGAAACCGGACUGCCGUGCAUUCUGGGAAAAUUUACCCUGACUCUCUCCGAGUGUGCUGGGAUUGUUUAAACCCUGUGAGCUGGGCCCACCUCUAAAUGAAAUAUAAUACUGGCUGAACCUAAACAGCGGCUGUUGUGUGAGGUGCUGAUGGUUUGUGGGGCUGGUGUGUGAGGUGCUGAUGGUUUGUGGGGCUGGUGUGUGAGGUGCUGAUGGUUUGUGGGGCUGGUGUGUGAGGUGCUGAUGGUUUGUGGGGCUGGUGUGUGAGGUGCUGAUGGGUUUUGGGGCUGGUGUGAGGGGUGAUGAUGGUUUUUGGGGCUGGUGUGUGAGGUGCUGAUGGUUUGUGGGGCUGGUGUGUGGGGUGAUGAUGGGUUUUGAGGCUGGUGUGUGAGGUGCUGAUGGUUUGUGGGGCUGGUGUGUGAGGUGCUGAUGGUUUGUGGGGCUGGUGUGUGAGGUGCUGAUGGGUUUUGGGGCUGGUGUGAGGGGUGAUGAUGGUUUUUGGGGCUGGUGUGUGAGGUGCUGAUGGUUUGUGGGGCUGGUGUGUGGGGUGAUGAUGGGUUUUGGGGCUGGUGUGUGAGGUGAUGAUGGUUUGUGGGGCUGGUGUGUGAGGUGCUGAUGGUUUGUGGGGCUGGUGUGUGAGGUGCUGAUGGUUUGUGGGGCUGUUGUGUGAGGUGCUGAUGGGUUUUGAGGCUGGUGUGUGAGGUGCUGAUGGUUUGUGGGGCUGGUGUGUGAGGUUUGUGGGGCUGGUGUGUGAGGUGCUGAUGGUUUGUGGGGCUGGUGUGUGAGGUGCUGAUGGUUUGUGGGGCUGGUGUGUGAGGUGAUGAUGGUUUUGUUUAUUCCCUUCGGAUGCUGUGACUCCCUCCUCUUCUCCCCAGGCCAGAGCAGGGUGCCGAAGACCCCAGUCACAUGACUGUUGAGGCUUUGCUGAAAGCCAGCAGCAGUUUUGAAGAUGACCUGAGUCUUGGUGCAGAAGCCACUGUGUUAAAUAUUGAAGAGGAUGGACCAGAGACAGGAACCUGCCCUCUGCUGCUGUCUCCACCCAGGCCUCGUCAGAAACGUCCGGACACCAGCCUCCAGCAGAAACUCAGCCUGCCAUUGGUCAACCUGGGUCACAGCAUGGCGUCUAGCGGCCUUUCAUCCGAAACCAGCAAGACAGCAUCCAGCGUGUCAGAGGUGCUGCAGCUCUGUGCGGAGGACGCGGAGGAGACGCUGUACCAGCUGGGUUUUGGCUGUGACGAGCCGCAGGUCCCCGCCCGCAUCCCCGCCCGCUUCUUCAGCUUCCCGUCCCGGCUUCGCGGCAUCAACUUCCGCCUCUUCCUGGAGUCGCAGCUGCGCCGGCUGCGCGAGGAGGACCCGGGCCUGUCGCUCGCCAGUCGUUUCCGGCAGGUGGAGGUGCUGACGGCGAUGGCCAACGCCUUCUACUCGCUGUACUCGCACGUGUCGCGGACGCCGCUGCAGAAGCUGGCCCCGCCCGAGCUGAGCUUCUCGCCGUCGCCCGUGGAGACCAAGAUCGGCUCGCGGUUCUUCAGCAACGUCCGCAGCGAGCCCCGCUCGCCCGUCGAGCGCUUCAAGGACACCGUCUCCAAGAUGUGCCUCUACACAGGCCCCUCCCUCUCCCGCGGCCCAGACCCCGCCUCCCCGCGCAAGCGCCGCAGCCUGCCCGACGUGGUCGGCAUGGUAAUAGGGAGCGUCAGGUCAGAGGUCCUGUUGCAGGACCAGGAAGCUGGGGACGAGGCCCAGGGGAAGGCCGACAAAGAGGGGGGGGACCCUGGGGAAAGGGGCGGGGUCAGGGAGACGGACAGCGGAAGAGCCGCUAGACCUGAACCGGACAGCACUCAGUGCCAGGCGGCAGUUCGUCCGCGAUGGUCCAUUUCUGGCAAGUUCCGGCCCGGUUCGGAGCCCAGCCCUGCUCCUGGUCUGGCCGGCCCAGCGGAACCCUUGGCCUCGCGACUCGAACCCGGUGCCGGCUGUGCUCCCAUUCGCAAGAUCACCCAGGACGUCAUCUGCCCUCAAAUCACAGAGAGCGUCAGACUGGCUCCAUUCAGGUCGCUCAAAAGAGCGCCCCCUCCUGGAGGGGUUCCCUCGCAGGACACGUCCACAGACCCCCCGGCCUGCGGGGGUGGGUCCGGGACGGACCAGGCCGUCCGAAACACAGGCACAGGGGCCGGGAGUGUAGAAAAUAAACCUGUGCGGGACGAGGCCUGUUUGGCCGGAAUCGGACCGCCGGACCCCCCGCCCGCGCCCCCCCCCCGUCCUCUCCGCAGAGCCGUCGCCUUGCCGCAUCACCGUGACCGGGUGGGAGGGGGACGUUGCCGCCGGUUACGCGGACGCGCCCAGUCACGCCAGGCCCAAUGUGAUCGCCCCUACCUCAGACUCCGGGGGCUGCCCGAAUUUCCUGAGCCCCAACAGAGCUCCGUCCCUGGGGCAGGAGCCACGACCCAGCGAUCAGCAGGCGAACUCCUUUGAGCUGGAGGAGGUUCACAGUGCUGGUGAAGACGAUGGUCCCGCUCUUCUGUCCCAGGUUCAAAGUGCGGGGGAAGACGAUGCUGGACCGACAGACGGCCGGACUGUUAUGGCCGCAGCUCCACUGUCUGCCGUCAAAAGACACCAAGAUGUUAUUCUGAGGGGCGACAGUCUGCAGUCAGACAGCAGCGGCUACGCUGAGGAAGACUGUAACCCUUCCUCACUCUGACCGACAAACUCCUGCAGUUCACCAUGCUCUUCCUCACCCUGAGACACACUCCCACAGCUCACCAUGCUCUUCCUCACCCUGAGACACACUCCCACAGCUCAUCAUGCUCUUCCUCACCCUGCAAGACACACUCCCACAGCUCACCAUGCUCUUCCUCACCCUGAAAGACACACUCCCACAGCUCACCUUGCUCUUCAUCGUGCUCUUCCUCACACUGAAAGACAUACUCCCACAGCUCAUCAUGCUCUUCCUCACCCUGAAAGACACACUCCCUCAGCUCACCAUGCUCUUCCUCACCCUGAAAGACUCCCACAGCUCAUCAUGCUCUUCCUCACCCUGAGACACACUUCCACAGCUCACCACACUCUUCCUCACCCUGAAAGACUCCCACAGCUCAUCGUGCUCUUCCUCACCCUGAAAGACACUCCCACAGCUCAUCGUGCUCUUCCUCACCCUGAACACUCCUGCCGCUCACCAUGUUCUUCCUCACCCUGAACACUCCUGCAGCUCACCAUACUCUUCCUCACUCUGAGGACUCCUGAAGCUGACCAUGCUCUUCCUCACCCUGAAAGACACAGUCCCACAGCACGUCAGCCACUUACACAGCGGAAAGACCUAGAAGCGCCUGCUGUAGAUACUAAAGGACGGACCUGCAAUAAGGGACUGCCCUUGACUUUGCAUGUUUCGGGUUCUUUGCAUGAUAUUCGCCAUUGGACUAGCCGACUGGGGACGGUUUGCCAAGACGGAGCACGGCCCGUCCCUGCAGUUACACAAACCUUCAGCUACGGCUAAAAUACCACCAUUAUGACUUUGGACAUCCAGAGAAAACGGUACACUCCUUUCCUGAAGGCACCUCCAUUCGCUAAAAAUGAUAAGAGUAGGAGUUAUAUCCCAGUGAUAUUACAUCCUCAUUUGCCUGUAGAUUUGGUUUUGACUUAUGAAAUCCAGGCCUCUCCUGUCUUUCUGAGGGUAAGGCAGUUUGCGAGAUUAUGGGGUGGAGUUCUACUGUAUGCAGUAGAUAUUUAUGGCUCGCCACAGAAGGACCCGCUACGCUCGCUGGGAGACUGCAGUCAGGGUCCAGGGCCCCGCGUUCGUCGGACCGUUUAUGACAGAACGCGUCUUUUAUUCUGUAUCCUCCUGCCUUUCUUUAUUUAUGAAUCAUAUAUAGUGUAAUUUAUUAAAAAUCAACCAGUCUUAUGCA